AUAUUUCCCUACUGAGCUUAUUAAUGAUAUCACUGCAAAUUAAUGCACUAAAAACUUGAGCUCUAGUUUCAGUACAUUUCCAUUAUUGAAAGUAUAGUUUAAUCACUGAUUGUGUGAUUCAAUUGUGCGCUUAGUUUCGGUCACUUUUUUUCUUACUGUGAACUCCGUUUGUGUGAACACAACUGUCGGCCAAAACAUAUAAUGAACCGCAAACUCAUUGACACCAAUAAAGUGCCCAAAUCUCGGGUGGAAUUACACCUCCAUUUGGGAGGUUCUGUUCGGUUGUCCACUGUUUGGGAAAUCGCCCACAAAAAGGGCCUCAAAUUGACACCAAACGGCACUUUCAAUGAACUCCUAGACUAUUGUGUGAUUAAAAAACCCGGAAAAUUAAUUGAUUUUUUGAAAAUUCUCUCACAUUAUAGAAAGGGUGACGUCGAAGCCCUCGAGAGGUGUGCGUAUGAGUUAUGCGAAGACGAGGCCAAAGAGGGUGUCCUUUACUUUGAGUUACGAACUUCUCCUCAUCUCAGCUCCAAUACUGUGAAGAAGCGUCACAACAGUCCCGUCCUAUCGGUCAGCGAUGCCAACGCCUGUUCGCCCAAACAAGUGGUCGAAGCCGUUCUCCGAGGCCUUAAGAGAGGCCAACGAGACUUUGGGAUUAAGACAUCGCUUAUAUUGUCGUGCGUUUGCGGAUUCCCUGAAUGGAGUGAAGAAGUGUUACAAUUAGCUCAAGAAUUCAAAGGCAAAGGAGUUGUUGGCAUCGAUAUCGCCGGACAGGAAGAUAUGAACUCAUUAUCUACUCAUAGUUUUACCCAAAAUGAAGUGAUGGCUUUCAAAGCGGCCAAAGAGUUAGGAAUUCAUCGGACAGUCCACGCGGGAGAGGCCGGACCGGCGGCUAACGUGGAGUUUGCGUUGGACUCGAUGUUUGCCGAGCGAAUAGGACACGGAUAUAGUGUGAUCAAUGAUGAGACAAUUUAUAAACGAUGUCUAUCAGAAGGCGUGCACUUCGAGGUCUGUCCGUAUUCUAGUUAUUUCACGGGUUCUGUUCUGCCGAUGAAUCGAAACCCAAUCGUUGUCUUUGCCGAAGACGGCGCCAACUUCUCCAUCAGUAAAGACGACCCGACGGUUACGGCCGUCACUCUCGAUGACGAGUAUGAAUAUUGUCGUAAACUGGGAUUAAAUGAGAUGCACAUCACUCGAGCCGUAAGAUUAUCAUUGUUUAAAAUGACUCACAUUAUUAAGAUUACUAAUAUCAAUGCAAUGAAGGCAUCGUUUUUACCCCAACAAGAAAAGGAUGAUCUCUUAAAGCAACUCUACUCUGUUGAAUUACAUCUGCAUUUGGAGGGAUCGGUCCGUUUGACCACUAUAUGGGAGUACUCACAGAAAAAGGGCAUUAAACUGACGCCAAACGGAACUUAUGAUGAAUUAAGAGAUGUUUUCAUAAUGAAAAAGCCGGAAACACUGCCCGUCUGUUUGAAUUUAAUCGCUAAAUAUUAUGACAUAUUUGUUGGUGACUCCGAUAUACUCGAGAGAAUCGCAUAUGAAUUAUGCGAAGACGAGGCAAAACAGGGAGUUCUCUAUUUUGAGACCCGAAUGUCACCCCAAUUGUCGUCAAAUACAGUGCAGAAUAAGUGGCGAACAGAGGGUAACUUUACGGACGAUAUAAACGCUAUCGAGACACUCAAUCCCGUCAAUCCCUGUACUCCUAAACAAGUGAUUGAAAGUGUGUUAAAAGGCCUAAAAAGGGGAGAAAAGGAUUUCGGUGUUUACUCGUCGCUAAUUCUCUCGUGUAUGACUUCAUUUCCGGAAUUCAAUAAAGAAGUGGUAGAAUUGGCUCAAGAAUUCAAAGACAAAGGUGUUGUCGGCAUAGAUAUAGCGGGUCCUGAGAACCAGCACUCGAAAGAAACGCAUUCAUUCAAUCAGGACGUGAUCGACACGUUUUGCAGAGCGAAAGAACUCGGAAUCCAUCGGACAGUUCACGCGGGAGAGGUCGGGCCCGCGGCUAACGUGGAGUUCGCUGUGGAGCGCCUCCACGCGCAGCGUAUUGGACACGGAUAUAACGGUGCGCUCGAUAGCGCUGUUUAUCGCAAGUGUUUGGCCGCUAGUAUUCAUUUCGAGACGUGUCCGCACUCCAGCUAUUAUACGGGUGGUGUCGACCCCUCUAUAAGACACCCGAUCCUAAUGUUGGCCGAAGAAAACGCCAACUUCUCCAUCAAUAAAGACGAUCCGACAGUUUUUGACUGCACUUUGGAUUCAGAAUAUGAAUUCUUGACUCGAUUGGGAUUAAAUGAACUCCAUUUCAUUCGAGCCAAUAUAAAUGCAAUGAAAUCAUCGUUUUUGCCACAAAAACGAAAGGAAGAACUAUUGAAGCAAUUUAUAAAGAUUUAUAUGAUUAACAUAUAUACUGUUUGUCCGAACGGAUGGACACAAUUCGAGAACAAAUGCUUUCUCUUUUAUACGGAUAACAUUAGCGCAAAUAUAUCGACGAUAUCUGCUCUCAUCUCUUCCUCGACGGUGAAAGAGAAACAGCACUUCAGUUACUAUAACACUGUAUUAACGGUGUUAGCAGUGGUUCAGCUCAUCAUAAUUGUAGUGUAUAGAAAGAAUCCGCUCUCCUAUCGAAGGAUUGUAAAGAUGUCUGAAUGUGACACCAAUUCUGUACAAAAGUUU